AUGUCGAGCUCCUUUGAGAAGUCCGUGAAGGGAGCCACCAAGAUCAAGGCAAGCCGCCCGCUCCUGCUCCUUGCGCGCGCGCGCGCGCCCAUGUCCCGCGAGCAGCCCAACGAGCAGCCGCUGACCGCACCACCACCCACAGCUCGCUCCCCCCAAGAGCAAAACCGCCUGCGCGACUCCACCUGGACCAUCGUCUUCAAGGCGCUCAUUAUCAUACACCUGAUGAUCCGCGAGGGCGAGCCGGAUGUCACCCUCAAGUACCUUGCGCAGGCGCCUUCCCGCCGCCUGGCCAUCAACAACUUCACCGAGGUGCAGACCCAGGGCCACAACAUCCGCGCCUACACCGAGUAUAUUGUAACGCGCGCGAAGAGCUUCGGCGCCACCAGGGUGGACUAUGUGCGCAGCGGCGAGGGCCGUCUCAAGCGCCUGUCGGUUGAUAAGGGUCUGUUGCGCGAGACGGAGCAGGUCCAGGACCAGAUCCACGCCCUGCUACAGUGCGACUUCCUGUCGGCCGAGCCCGAGAACGAAAUCACUCUGACGGCUUUCCGGCUGCUGACAAUGGACAUUCUUGCCCUUUUUCACGUCAUGAACGAGGGCACCAUCAACGUGCUCGAGCACUACUUUGAGAUGUCGCAUACCGACGCGGAACGCGCAUUGAGGAUAUACAGGAUGUUCUGCAGGCAGACGGAUGCUGUAGUGCAGUACCUGUCCAUUGCAAGGCUGCACGAGCAUUCCACCCGCCUCGAGAUCCCCAAGGUCAAACACGCCCCCACCAGCCUGGGAAACUCCCUCGAAGAGUACCUCAACGAUAAGGAUUUCGAAAUCAACCGCCGACAGUACCUCGCGCAGCAGGAGGCGAAGAGGAGUGGGAAGGCCAAUGGCUCCAGCAAGCUGCCCGAAAAGAAGGACGCUGCAAGGGCAGACACUGGCUUUCCCGAGGCGAACUUGGCGCAGCCUGAAAGCAAGGGCCCGGCGCCAGAUUUGAUUGACUUCUUCGAGUCCAUCGAGCAGAACCAGCAGCCCAUGGCCCAGCAGGCCCAGGGCUUCCAACCGCCUCAGAUUCAAUUCCCGCAACAGACCGGAAUGAUGCCGCAGCAGACAGGGUUUGAUCCAAACUUCCAAAGCAACCCAUUUGCACAACAGCAACAGCCUCAGCAAUUGCAACCCAAUUUCACCGGCGCCGGAUUUGGCGGCUACGGGCCUCAACCACCGCAGCAGUUUGGACAGCAGCCACAGAUACCACCAGUACCGCCAAUACCGCAGAACGGCCCUGCCCCCUUCUUACAGCCAUCAUUUACUGGACCUGCAUCACAGGGAUUGCAACCACAAACGACCAACCCUUUCCGAGCCUCGAUGCUCAUGCAAUCGCAGCCAACUGGAGGAAACCCGUUCAGCGCCGCCAACAACCCGAACAGAGCAUCCACGAACCCAUUUGCCAAAAACUCUCCACAGAACACCGGUGGUUUUGCCCCUUCAUUGCCUACGAUACAGUCCUCGCAAUCCGUCGAUUUCUCGCAGCCGCCGCAGACCAGCCACAGCCCCGCACCGCUGCAACCAGCGCCAACUGGCACAAAUCCAUUCGCACGCCCGCAGACGGCGCAUGCCGGUGCGUCGCAACCAAUGCUCAUGCCCACUGCCACGGGGAGCACCAAUCCUUUCCGCCAGAGUGCAUUUGUGAACCAGCAGACGGGACAGGGUUGGCAGAACAAUCAAGGCACAAUGGGAGGAUUGGAGCAAUUGGAAACAGUGUCCAUCUUCCCUCGGCCGGGUCAGCCCAACGGGCAGCAGCCGCAGCAGACUGGGUGGUCAUCGUGA